UAAUAAUUAAUAUUAAUUCUUAUUAUUAUAAGCUAUACAAAUGAUUUCCAAAAAGGAACAAAUAGAUCGUUGUUGUCAUAUGGCCAAAUCCCAGCGUGAUACAAAUAUCUCUAAAGAUCAGUUAAUAUAAAGCAUAUUUUAUGGUCAUUUUGCAUAAUUUAAUGAGAAUAACUGACAAGCACCAUUAGUUUGCAAAUAUGACAAUGGUCAAUGUUGAAAGUAACGCUAUUUAACUUAUUUCCUAUAAUGUUUCCAUAGAAGUUCUAUAUCAGGCUUUUUAAGAAAAGUGUUUGUAGCAUUUUGUGGACGGCGGAAUAACCUGACAGUAACAACAACAGUCGAGUGAUGACUAUGAUGAGUUAAUCUCGGAAUUAUUAAUAAACAGCAUUAUCAAGCUCCAUUAAUAUUGGUAUGUCGAUGAAUUUAUAUGACAAAUUUAUGUCAUAUUUGUUUAUAGUUAUUGGAUGUAGAAAUAUUGCUUUAGUUGUGUUUAUCGAUUGAAUUUCAAUAAGCUCAUGUGUGAUAUAUACCAACUUAUUAACGCGGUAUUCUAGCCUACAUUUUAAUUAAUUUAUGAGUUUGUGGUUUUCGCGGCAAUUGUAAUAUGGUCGCUGUAAUCACCAUUAUAAUAUAUAAAGCGCUAGUUUCUGUAUAUAUUCAUUUAUCAGCUUUAUCCUACUUUUAUCAUAAACAUUAGUACUUUCAAUUGUCACAUUUUAUCGUGCUUUAUACGUUUAAUUGUCAUGUUUAAAUUCAUGCUAAUGCAUGCUAAUUAUAAUCAAUUCGGAGCAGAAUUCAGCAGCUCGAAUUGGAUCGGAAGAAUAUAUAUCGAUUGUCUAUCUGAUCGACUGAUCUGAUAUUGCAUAUCCAGUCUGAUUGAAAAGAUGACGGUUUCAAUUGAUUUUCAUUCGUAUUUGACACAAAAAUACAAAUUAAAAAUACUUGACGUGUUUUGUGUGAUUCUGGUUAGGGUAUUGUGCUUUAUGUGAUAAAUAAACCUGCCACCGUUGUUAUUUUAUAUUGAGUGCAUGUGGAAACGCUGUGUUGGGUUAUUGAUCGCAUGACAUCACUGACUGAACGUUUUCUUCAUUUCUAUAAUUUAUUUUUGUGCUCUUCAACUUCCGAAGUUUCGAUGGUUCCCUGCUGACAGAGGUUUUGACGGGUGAUGCUUAUGAUAAUAAGUGGUACUUCGUUGUUUAUUGAUUUUUCAAGCUUUAUAUAUUACUUAGGAUUAUUAUGUGGGUCAAGAACAAAGAAAAAUAUAUUAGUGCAUGCCAGUAACAUGAGAAUGUUAUAAUUAACUUAUUUUUCAUCCUGCUCGGUUUCCUUUGUUCUUAUUGGGGAUUGGAAUAUAUUCAAUAUUCCCCUCUAAUCAAUUUCCCUCUAAUAAUCCCCUCUAACAUUCACCUGCAAUGUCUUUGCAGCACAAAAAAUGAGAAAAAAACGUACAACAUCACGAAGGCAAUAUGGCAUUAAGAAUUAUUUCUAUAUAUUCUGACUCAUUAUAGGGUCAUUUAUACGGGACAAAAUAAGACGCGACUUACAUAAGACGCGACUUAAAUAAGACGCGAGUUUGUCGUAUGUAUAAAAGGUACAACAUUCUUAUGUAAGACGUGUCUUGGAUAAGACGCGUCUUACAUAAGAACAGGACUUUUAGCUGUUCUUAUUUAAGUCGCGUCUUAAAUAAGAAAUUUUAGACAAAAAUUCUAACUACACAUGCCCGAAACUUGAAACAACGUAAAAUGAUUAGCCUUGCAUAUUCGAACCUGAAAAACAACCGAAACAACAUUAUAGCUAUAUAUAGCAAGUAAAUAAGAAUAAAUCCGUAGAGAACCAUUUAUGCGAUAGAUAACUCAGCUUAUAUAAGACGCGUCUUAUGUAAGACGCGACUUACUUUGUCCCGUAUAAAUGGCCCUAAUAAAGCGACCUCGCAAUGUGAAAAAUAAGUGCGCGCCGAGGUGAAUAAACACAUAUUCCCGAGGUGCCUCAAAAUAACCUAUGCUUAUAGACACAAAUAUAUAUAGUGUUCUUUGUUCUUCACCCAAAUCACAAUUCCCUAUACCCCCAACUAUCAUGCUACUGUUGAUAUUAAGAGACUACGUACCAAAGCGAGCAUAACAUGCAUCUUUAAUCUUUAUAUUGUUUGCAACUAGUGUCGUAGUGAGGAAUCAGUCUAUAUAUAUAAUGCUUUUGCAUCAUUAAAUUCGGCAGUUCAAAUAGAAACUAUGGAAAAUUUUUAAGGGUUUUUUUUUAUUAUAUUUUAGCAUUUAGCUAUAGGCUUUAGAAAAUGAUGAGAUCAACGAUGCUUAGCUGGUUUUCAAUAUGGAUGUCAUGGUACAUUGUAAUGUUACCUGCAGCAGUUUACUCAGAAAUAGGUUCGUAUAUAAAACAAUGAAUUAAUUGAAGCUGAAAUUAAAAAUCUAUGUAGUUUAAGAGAUUGGCUGCAAUUAAGCUCUUACACUCCUCAUUAAUGUGACAAAUCCGGAUAAAUAAAAAAUGGACGUUAUAGUUUGUCAAACAUGGCUUCGUCUUCGUUGAUCAUGACUAUUCGCUCAUAAGUGUUCUGUAGUUUUAAUGUUUGAUAUUUACAUGUUUUAAAGUUGAAGCUGGCACAUUAAAGUUAAAACCUUUUUGCCCUAUACUUAUGCCUUAUCUAGAAAUAAUUGAAGAUGGUAAUAUGAUAUUCUGGCUAAAACAGGGUUUUAGCUCUGCUGGUAAAGGUGUAGGUGUGAGUAUUUUUAUGUCAAUUUGUCAAAUGACUAUAUGAUAUUAGUAUAUAGGCAGGGACGUCGCAAAACCAUUAACAUCGGGGGGGGGGGGGUCUUGAUAUUUUGACUAAGUUUUGGCGAAUAUUUUGACCAACUCAGGGUCGUCGCUGGCCCCGUUUUAAUGGGGGGAUGGAUGUAUAUAUAAGUGAAAUUACGCCGAGUCAUGUCAACCACUAAUUAAUAUUUCUCUUCCCAAAAUUGUUGGCGAGGGAGUUGGCGAUGGGGGAGGGGGGAGGCAAUACAUUUUCUCCCGUCAUUAUCUUUCUGUUAAAGUUAUUUGGUUAAAUUUUCCUUAUUUUUCUCCUUAAAUUCCCAAAGCGAAACAGGGAAGGUUCAUUCUGUUAAUUCGUGCCAUGUUGCUCAAUACGUAAUUUGGUUUUCGAUACAUUCGCACUUUUAUCUUUUCUAAUUUCGUUUGUAAUUUCCAGUUGGACCAACUUUUUGAACCCAAAAAUUAUUAAUGGGUUUUACACCCCCGGUAGCGACACGUCCCUGUACACAGCUAGCCUUAAACGCUAACAUGGGCAUCCUUGUUACCAGAGUUUCUAGGAUAAUCAGAAGCCCUGGGACUGCGGAUGUAAGAAGCACGAGGGGUUCUAAAAAGGAUGGGGUGUGACAAGGCGUGGGUAUGACAACAUGAUGAACAUGCAUGAAAAAUAUCAGAAUUUGUUUUUGGUUCUUGACGUACCAAUUCUUCGCUUAAAUGAAGGAAGUAUUUAACUUGAGAUUAAAGACAUACCAAAGCUAUUUCAUGUUAGAGCCACAUAAAUUGUCUAGUAGUGGGAAUAAAGUGAUCGAGUAUAGGGAUUCCAAAAUCAUAACUGGAAAUUUCUAAAUGUCAACAUCACAGUUCCAAAGAACGUUUCAGUGAAGAUGUGAUUAUGCAAACUACAAAACUGUAGGGGGCUUACCCUUUCCAAAUCAACCUGAAAUUAUAACAGCCCCCUGAGCCCCCACACUGCACUCUGGUUUAAUAUUCAGUAAAAAAUAGUGCAAUUGCUAUACUAAUCCAUAAAUUUGAUUUGCUCGAACUCUGACAAACGUAGAAAGACUAGAAAGGACGUAACGCUUAUUUUCUGUACAUUCUAUACAGCACAUUUAGUAAUUACUACCUAAAAAUAUUUUACCUGCCACUGAAUAAACUAUUUUCCCUUUUUUAAGUGGGGAAAGAAUGGCAAAACUUGUGGUCUUGGAGAAUACGCAGACUUUUGGUUUAUCACACCUCAUGUUAAUUUGGAAACAACAUUUGCUGAAGUUGUCUAUGUGGAUAUAGAAGCUGAACUUAAUACCCAGUGUUUUAAUGAAGGUCUUCGCAGUUAUUCCCCAUGUUACUCCAAUAAAUUUGAGGUUUACGCAUACCAUGGAAAAGAUCGUAUAUCUGAGGGAAAUAUUUUGGAUAUCUUUUCUCAGUCACUCUAUAAUAUUACCAAUAAUACUAAUUUAGCAAAGGCAAACUUGACCAGAAGUACUCAAACGACAUUUUUCUUUCCUCAAAAUAACUCAGGUGUGACAUUUGCAGUGCGAUCCAGAGGAGCAUGUGGGAAAAUAUUCAGAAUAAAAAUGUAUUAUUACGUAUGCAAGGGAAAAAUUAUUAAGAAUAUAAAAUUUGAAAGAACUUUAUCGCCUGCCAAAGGAGUUAAAAACGUUACAGCAAAUUGUUCAGAAAACUCGAUACCUUCACAAAAUGCCGCAAGUUUUAAAGGAUAUUGUUAUCCAAAUGGAUCUUGGAGAAUAUCUUUAGAUGAUAAUAUCGAGUGCUUAUGUGUUGAAGGAUAUACGCUUAAUAAAAGAGAUGGAUCGUGUUCGAGUAAGUUACAUGUUUAUUGUAGUCUUAGGUGUAGUAUUUUGCGAUAUCUUUUCUGAUAACUGCAGGUUUUUGUGUCAUAUAGUCAGUUUGUAGAUUCCUCAGUCCUGGUUUGAAGAUCAGUAACUUUCAUAGAAUUCACGCCGAGUUAGUUUUUGCUCUGACUAAGAAAAAUUAAACGAUGCGGAAAUGAGUGCAUAAUAUAGUUCUUUCGAUAUCAGUAUAUAUCAUAUAAUCUUCACAAAACCUUAACGAAAACAUUUAGACUUUAGUUGUUUAUUUAACUGACAUCUCGUACUAUAAUUUAUAAUUGAUUUAUAUUUAAGCGCCCUCAUUUAUUCGUUUGCCGAAUACUUUGAUUUUGUUCAUAAUCUUCAUGUAUUAUUCGAUGCUUUUACUAUUGAUCUACUAUAGGUUGUUCAAAUACUAGUUACAAAACGGGCAUUUCAAACGACGAUUGUACCGAAUGUCCAAUGAACACUGUUAGUAGUAAUGUGAAAAGAGCCAGCUGUGUUUGUAAAGAUGGUUAUUAUAAAACUUCUUCUGACAAAUCUGAAGUAUCACCUUGUUAUGGUAAGUUGGCCGAUUGUAUUUGGUUAUUCUUAUUACUAAAUUUGUAAAAUGACCUACCAGUAUUAUUGUCUCAGAUGCCGCCAUGCAGGCCUAGAAAACUAGUUUUGUUAAACUUUUCCUUGACCUUUCUGGACGUUGCCACCAGGCCCCGACCAAAGCAAGCACCCCCCUUCAGAUAUUUACCCACCCCUCCCCCCGAACGUAGAUAACGUGUGUACUUUCUGAGGGGCAAGAGAAUUUAUGAGUCCGAGUUCGAUGAGCUCAAGCCCUAGCGUUGGACGUUAUGAUCAGGGGUGAGGGACUAGGGUUGGUUAAAUAAGGCGUUAGGAGUCGUUAGAGAUGAGAUCAGGGAUGAGAUUGGAUGAGAUUUAAAAGCUUUAUGUAUAAUUUUUGUUGCUAGUAUGUAUUUUAUUACGCCUGGCAGGCUUCAAACUCGAUGUUAAAUUCCAAUUUGAAAUCAACUGAGAGGAAGUCAAACUUUUUCUAAUAAACGUACGGCGGAACCAACUAACUACAGAGUCGCGCAGAACAACAGAAAGAUGAUGAAUCCAUCACAUGGAUCAUGCCUUCGGAUACCUCAUCGUUAUACGCAUAACCCAAUAGCCUGAUUGGUCUCACUUGCCUAUACAAUCGGUCUCAUUGGCUAUCGCAGUUUUGAUUCAGCUGUUUUAGGAUCACAUAUUUCUAUAAAUUUUAUAGUUCCAGCUCUGCCAGAAAUCAGAGAGAAACCCAGAACAAGACUUAUUGCAUAUGGUGUUGAAUUAUCGUGGACAGCACCAAAAAACAGCCUAAAUGAAAUUAUCUUGUACAACGUCACAUGUUUUAUAUGUAGCCAGAGCAUUUGUAAUAUUCCAUGUCUGAACGAGACAUACGAUCCUGGCUGGAACAACUUGAGGCAGACUCUGGUCACUGUGUCCAACCUUAUCGCCGGCGAAAAAUACGUAUUCAGAGUGUAUGUUAGUGUGAAAGACGUGGUUCCAGAAGGUGAAUGGCGCUAUAUUGAAACAGAUCGUGUACAAGUUACUUCAGGUAAGGAGCUGUACUCUUUGGAAAUAUAAUCUUUUCUAGCCCUUUUUACAGUACCCCUAACUUUAAUACGUAGGAUUUCAGUAUUUUUGAGUUCGUUGAUAGAAAUAACUAUAAUUUUUUCUUAUCGUUAAAGAUUCAGUCAAGGAAACAACAGAUUGUACAGAUGACUCUGGCAUAAUCAUUAACUAUAUUAUCAUAGCGACAACAGUGGCUGGCGUAUUUCUUAGCAUCAUAAUUGUUUUACUUGUGAAAUACAAACGACUAAAGCGGGCUUUAAGGCUAUUAACUCAUGUCGAUAUCCCACUGAAGGCAGUGGACACUCCACAAGAAUCAUUGCCAAUUGAUCAGGUAAGUCAUUUACAAAUUGUUAAGUCCGAACUGGUUGAGCUAUACAGUAUAAGUAAAGUAAGUUAGUUUAGUUUGUAAACUCUGCUUCGAGCGUUGGAUGAAACAUGCAGGUUGUUGUGGCAAAUUUUUGAGGUAAAAGCUAUAUGAAUAUAAAUGUAUAUGUAAAACAUAAUAUAUAAACAUACAUAUAUAAACUAUUCAAAUCAAUUGCUUGCACGAUUUUGGUCUCUUAAUUACUGGCUGCAGGAAUUAUUUUCCCAGUCAUUUUUCUUUGCAUGUUUUUUGUCUAACUAUACCCCACCACAUCCACCGAUCCUGGGAUUUCUAAUCGUCCUCCCCUAAAUCGUUAUCAUUAACAGGAGGGGCCAGGUUACGAAACUGUCUCAGCAGUUGUUCGAGAAUUUCACGAUGACGUCGACACAAAUGCAAACAACUCUGAAGAUACAUCAGCUGACGGUCAGUAAUAUAUUUAAAAUUCCACUAACUCUGGUAUAGUGUAAUAUUUAGACAUUCUAAGUACUAGAUAAAACAUGAGCAGCCGAUCUGUAUCUGAUAUACAAACUCGAGCCGAAGGCGAGAGUUUGUAUAUCAGAUAUACAGAUCGGAUACGAAUGUUUUAUCGUACUUAAAAAAUGACCCAUCUUAUGAGUUCAUUGGCGAAGUAAUUUAAUUUAAAAAUAAACUUUGCCGGUCUAAGCCGAGAAAAUCAAAGCUGAAGUUUAUGUAAAUCAGGAAAAAUCUUUAUCCGAUUUACAAACUUUCAUUUCUUUUGUAUUUUCCUCGUGAAUUAUUAAUGAAUUUUUUAAGAACAAAUACAAGUUGACGAGAGGUAAUGAAGGAUGUGAUUGUCGCUCACAUUUGAGCACCAACUUUGAUGAGAGUUGAUGAAAGUUUUCACCACAGGCGAUAAAAUCCAGUUAACUCGCAUCAACUUUCAACAACUCUUGUUCCCAUUUAACUGGCUAGCAUGAGAAUUGAGAAAAAUCUCGCUCGCUUCCAAAGCUCUCAUCAAGACAUCAACCCUAUUCAUCAUUUUUCCAGGACAUUACGAGGAGGUUGGAAUACCAUCAGUUGGAGUACACAAGAAGUUGGGAUACAAAACGCCAGGCCAAAUCGAAGCCUAUGAAGAACCCAAAAUGUCGCAGGAAAAUCCCGGUUAUACUGAGUUUGAUAAGAACAGACUCCAAGGCAGAAAUGCAGCGGAUGAUAGCACCUAUCAGAAACUACAAUGGCGCCGAGAUUCAGAUGUUACACCAGCUCAUGAGAGAAGAGAGUCAAAUGAGGACAUCAAAAUGGGAAGAAACUUACCAGGCUACGAGGAGUUGGAUCAAAGCAAACGCGAAGCUGACGAUUAUACCUUGUUUACCAAAAGUGGACAAAAACCUGAACUGGCCUAAGGUCGUGCAUAUAUAUCUGUACUUAAAGGGAAAUGGCAAGAAAAAUUAACGGUUUGUCUUAUUUGGAAGAACCUUUAAAAUUAUAGACGAGGACCGUUCACAAUUAUUUUAUCCCGAGUUUAUAGGCGUAUUUAGUAUUUUUUCUUUAAUUAAUCUUGUUAAACAUUUGAUAAAACACGGAAGUAGAGAAUUGAUGUUACUGUAUAGCAAGUGUCAAGUUGACAUUUUAUAAAAUACCAAGAAACUGUGACUUUCUACAAGUUAUUUGCUGUGGAUAUAGCAUAUCUACAUAUUUUUUUUCUCAUUUCGUGCCCUGCGACUCCUUAAACUAACCCUGUAUUUCUCUACUUUUCUUACUUUAAUCCCGCUACCAAAUAGAACGUAAUCUCACGUCCCGCAGUAUAUAUGCAUAUUACCUACAUCAAAUGAUUCUUAUCAUUUAUAGCUUGCUUCUCAGUUAUUAUGAAAUUAUAAAAUAAUUAUGAAAUUUAUUAAUAUUGGUAGAUUGUUAAUUCUUUGUUUCUCUUUAUACUUGUUGUACGUAAAUUCAAUUUGUGUAAAUAUUCAGUCACUCUGACCCUCACAUUAUUGUUCAAACUAUAUCUGGUGAACAAGCUUUCAGGCAUUUUUAGUAAUAGCGAUUUCUGAAAGCUACUGGCUACUCAUUAUUAAUUAAUAUUAAUUCUUAUUAUUAUAAGCUGUACAAAUUAUUUCCAAAAGCGAACAAAUAAAUCGUUGUUGUCGUGCAUAUGGCCAAAUCCCAGCAUGAUACAAAUAUCUCCAAAGAUCAAAGCAUAUUUUAUGGUCAUUUUGCAUAAUUUAAUGAGAAAAUUACUGACAAGC